AGGAAAUAUUGGACUUGCAGUAGGGAAUGAACAACCAGAAGUUGUCGGAACGCCGUUGUGAGAAGAACCACUGCGGGCUGCUGCUGCGCGAGUACCACGCCGCGCUGCGGCGGACGCUCGCACUACUCGGGUUGGAAGCGCCCUCUCUUGAGGAGCUGAUGCGGCACAUGCAGGAGCACGGCCCGUACGCCGUGUACGGUGCGACGGUGUUGUUGCCCAUCAUGAAAGCCAAGAAG